AUGCGGACUCUAAAAAUCAUCAAGAUGUUGUUCUCAAUCGCUCCUGUUGCUUUGACCUUCCUGACACUCAUAUUCCCUGCAACAGCAACGCCACAACUUCCUCCUCGUCGGCCAAAGUUCUACUACGGCCAUGACAUUUCCAGCGUCAAGUGGCUUGAGGAUUCUGGGGCGUCCUUCAAGGAUUCGGCCCGCCAUAACAAGACAAGACCACUCGAGGACAUACUUGGAGAUGGCGGUAUGAAUGCGGCGCGACUCCGCCUCUGGGUCGAUCCUCCCUCAGGAGACCACAAUCUGGAGUACAAUCUUGAGCUCGCCUCUCGGCUCUACAAAAAGGGUUACGCAAUCUAUCUCGAUUUUCAUUUCUCGGACAACUGGGCCGACCCGGGAAAGCAAAUUACGCCAGCAGCUUGGCCAACCACUUUCGAUGCUCUGUCUAAAACCCUUCGCAAUUAUGUUAAGGACACGCUAAUUGCUUUUCACAAAGCCGGCAUCGACCUCGCCAUUGUCAGUCUCGGAAAUGAAGUCACCCAUGGGAUGCUUUGGCCACUUGGUUACGCAACUAUUGAUAUCCAUCCCAAAUCGUCCAGAAUCGCCAAUUUCACAGACUUCGCCAGACUUUACACGUCUGCUCGUGGAGGGGUGGAUGAUGCGGUCCGUCGUGGCGUUUCCAAGCCUGACACGAUGCUUCAUUUAUCCUUUGGCUGGAACUCGACUCUUCAGGAGAUCUUCUACGAAACCCUCAUCGAGACGGGAAUCGUGAAGCCUGCGGAUUGGGACGUUUUUGGCAUCAGUUUCUAUCCUUGGAACGGACUCCGAGCAACCUAUGACAAUCUGCGCAAAACAAUUGGUGUUUUCACUUCGCCUCCAUACGUGAAACCGGUCCAUGUCGUCGAGACAGAUUACCCCGUCUCAUGUCCCGCUCUGAAUAUAUCAAAUGCUGAUAGACUUACCCUUAGUCCCCAAGGACAGACAGACUGGGUUCGGGAGGUUGUUGACAUUCUGAAAGAGACACCCAAGAAUCUCGGCAGGGGUAUAUGGUACUGGGAACCCGCGUCUAUCGACAAUCCGCCACUGGGAAGUGCAUGCGAGGAUGUGCUUCUUUUCGACCGCCAAAUCACAAGUGAUUCCAAGCUGGUCGGUUACUCAAGAGAAAGCGUUAACAUGUAUAAACCAAAGAAGAGGCACGAAUGA